AUGCCAUUUAUGGAGUCCCUCACUCAGGACAUGUCGCAGGCUACCAUCGUGACCAUGGCGGACGCCGUCGAUCAUGAAUACGGGAUUGACAGCCUUCCGCAUCCCAAACCCCGGCCUCGCCGUAGGAAGCCUUCAGUCCUCGUACCUUUUGAACUGCGACGUCACGCCCUAAACCCGAACGCCGUAGUUGACUACUGGAAGCCGUAA